AUGAACGCUGAUGGCGGUCUGGUCGGAUGCCUUGUCGAGAGGCUAACCACACGGCUUCCACACCGGACGGGAACCACCGUCCAGGACCUUUAUCAAGACGACAUAGUCCUCAUAACACGUGCCACCCUGCUGAAGAUCAGCGUCCCGUCUAUCGCCCUCGUCAUCGAUGCCUUGAUAUCACUGUUGGAAGACCUCGGUCGACCUUACCGAUCCGCUGGCACGGCUGCCAGUCACCCGCCCCAUGUCCUCAACUCAGAAUUCUACAUCGUCAGCCUGCUCGCCGACUGUUGCUCCAGUCACUGGAACAAUGGGCUUGUGGAGCUGGGCGAGGCCGGUUCCCCGGGCAGCCAUACAUUCGUGAGGUCCAGGGAUCCUCCCCGGCACUCCCUGGACUCUGCUCUGGUCACCAGGAUAUUCGAUAUCCUCAAGAUCUACACCCGGCCGCUCCCAGAAGGCUUCACCCUGUCUACGCAGACCCUGUUGGACAGGUUUGAGGCGGUGCAGGAGGUGGGUGCGGGCUUUGCAGACCUUGCGGACAGCGAGAUCUCUCUAGAGAGCCAGACGCUCUACGAUUCGCACGUGGAGGUGGUGGAACGCCAUGCCAGGACGAUCUGCGAGUUCGUCGUCGCCUCCAGCUGGUCGGGCGCCUUCGAGUACUUUAGGAAGGUCAUCUAUGUGAUCCGGACCACAACGUCGGUGCAGAGCUCCACGGUUCAGACUAUCACGGCUGUCGAGGAUGAACGUACUGCCUUGGUCGUGCUCCGUCUGGUGGGGUGCUUUUGGGUUGAUUCCUACAAGCUCGGUCUGAUCAUUCAGGAGAUCUGUUCCAGCUACCUGCACUUCCGGAGGCAAUUCCAGGACACCAUUGCCAUCGUCACACCCCUGCUCAUCACGAGGUGGCUCGACCGCCAGCCCAAAGAGUUCGUGAAGCUACAUACGAGCCACAGGAGGCUAGAUGGUGGGCCCGAUACGCUGUUCGACAUGACCCAGACCGUGGUGCUCGAUAAUGGGAGGUCCGAGUCUGUGGCGGAUGGUGUGAGACGGCGGUUUAUGCAGUAUCCGCUCCAGACCACACUGCUCUUCCUCCUGCCCGACGUGUUUGAGGUCGCCAGCAGCAUGCGAGAUGCCAAAGGCGGGAGUAUGUCCAAGAAGAUUGCUUUUCUAGAGAACCUACGGAAGUCGCUGAGGAACAGGAACGAGCAGGCUGCAUACUGCCUCGUGUUGCUCCUGCGCGCUGCCCGCCACUUUGACCUCAAUAGCGACGCGGCCUUCAUCAGCUACGCUCUGGAUGUCCAGGAUGAAGUCCACGACGCCGUGUUCCGCCGAAACACAUCAGGUAGCGAUUCUGUGCUGUUUGAGCAGGACAUCAUGACCGCCGCCUUUGUGAGCUUAACGGAUCUCAAUUACGAAGGUUGUAUCGAGUCCCUCGCGCCCAACUGUCUCAAACCGGCAGCCCCACUAGGAUUCAAGAUUGCCCUUAUACAAGCUGCUGCACACUUUGCUACUUCUGAGGAUCCAGGCAGGUACAAGGCGCUCAAUCAGCUUACCAUCAACUUCAUCAAAGUCCAGAUGAGGACUUUUGCAGCAGUCUUCGCCGAGACUUGCGCAAGUGAUCAGGACGCACCACACCGCAAGGCUUUGGAGCUGGUCAACAACAACAACCUAAUCCAACACAUACUCACGUACUUGAAUGUUUGCCCUAGCAAUUUGUUUACAGAAGAGGCAUCGACUUCCGGUGACAAGGCGGCUGUUGCUGUUGACUAUCAAGGCUAUUUUGAGGAUUUCCUACCUUGUCUGGUCACCUCGGAUGAUGAGAUCCGCCGACCAGCCUCGAAGAUGAUGACGCGCAUUUUCUCAAACGCCAAGCUUAUGGACGAAUGGUCAAAAUCAGGGUGGUUCUCGUCACCCGAGAUAAGGGAAAGAAUCUGGAGAACCACGUCGCUCGUGCUGAGAGAUAUCUGCGACCGGAUAGGCACUCAGGACCUGGGCUCAACUAUCGCCUCGAUCAAUGGAUACCUUGAAUCUAGGCUUGUCUUGCUAAGGGCCCUGAAGGAUUUGGCGAAUCUACCGGAAGACAUCCCUGAGCGCGCGACUGUAUCCACACAGCUGGAGACAAUACUGCUGGUGGCGCUCUGUUCAGCCAACAUUGAAACCUUGCAGCUGGUCAUCAACUGCUGUGGGUCAUUCUUAGAGGAAUGCCAGGCUAUCGAGGCCGCGUCUGCUGGAACGACCAAAGCGAUCCAGGCACUGCUACGAAAUGGCAGUACGUUUCGGGAGAUUGCAUCCCGCGAGUUCCGCUUCACCGGACUGGUUGCUUUUCAAAAGCGAGUCCGCAGCUUGUUGAGAGGUAUGCAGUAUCCAAGUGCCGGUAUACUUGAUGCCUGGGCAUGUGCAUUCGACAAGUGGGUAAAGCUAUCCAAAGAAGUUUCGACUCUUGCCCCUGAAGCGUUACCAGAGGCAGUCCUCGCUGAGUGGCGAAACUACUCGGGCUUUCUCGCCUCCCUCGGCGGUGUGUGCGUGGAGGACCAGUCAGCCAUUAUCGACGAUCCUGCCCUCAAGGACCUCAAGUGGAUUGACAAGCUGUCGCUGGACAACCAGGAGGAGCCGAUGCUCAGCGGAUAUCUGAGGGUGAGCAUCGAGCUUCUUGGCUGCAACAAUGUCCGGGUGCGAGAGGCAAUGCGUGAGGUGCUAUCCGUCGAGACAGCACCAGCUCUCUAUCAGUCACUGUUCAAAGCACUCGAGCAGCAGCUUGACGUCUUGUUCACCGGAGCCCUCGAAUCGACAGCGAGGGGGGUCGAGAAUGAAAUCAUCUUCGCCGAGCAGUCCAUCUCCCUCCUCCGAGCCCUGGUGGAACGACUAGAUGGGCCUUCGGACCUGGGUGCUGCAUCGUCUGUGAACUUGGGGGCUCUAGCGCUCAAUUUUGCCAAGUUUCUAGAUGGCGUUUCGGACACUAGAAACAGCCUCAUGGUGAAGAUCAAAGUCUGUCAGCUUUCUGAGUCUCUCAUGAGGAAGAAGGAGCAUCUGAACCUGAGAGACGACGUGCGCAUCCGUAACCAGCUUCUGGAGUACGUCUUCAGUUGGAUCACUCGACCGCGAUCGCCACGGGCGGAAUCUGCUGCAGCAUCAGGGCCUGCACGUUUCGAUGAUGCGAUGCGGGUUCAGAAGGAUCUUGACAAGGCCUGUCUGCGGUCACUUGCCGAGAUGACCUACCGCCUUCCUUUGCAGCCCGGUGAAGGACAGUCGGAUGUCGGCGCGAGCGAGUUGAAAUCACAGAUGUUCCACACGUACUUCAACCGUUUUCUGUCGCUGCUGAACCUGGAGUCCACAGAGGCGGGCAGACACGAACACGGCACCGCAGCAAGGGAUGAGAGCAUCACAAGCUCGGAGCUGGCGAUCACCAUACUGUCCAACCUUCUGGCUGCGAACAUCGACGUUGGCCUCAAGCAUUCUCUGAGUAUAGGGUAUCACGAGAAUGUCGAGAUAAGAACGGCAUUUGUUAAAGUCCUCUAUAACAUCCUGGUGCAGGGCACAGAGUUCAGCAACCUUUCUGACACCGCGGUCACAGAGAAGUACGACGAGCUGCUCGACCUGCUCACUACAGACACCAGCUUGGCCGCCGCGAUCAGCUCCGUCUGUCCCAGCAGCGAGGUUGAUGAGGUCACAAUCUCCCUGUUGAACAUCUUCGAGACCCGAGGUCUCAGCUUUGUGCUGCUGGAGGCCCUCAUCAAGCAGGAGGUCGAGGAUACGGAAAACGAGUCAGAGCUGCUGCGAAGGACAUGUGUUGCAACCAAAAUGCUCUCCAUCUACGCCAAGUGGAAGGGCAUGGCGUAUCUCAAGGGCACACUGCAAAAGGUGCUCGAGCGGCUGAUGAUGACGUCUAAAGAUCUCGAUCUCGAGCUGGACCCAGCAAGGGUUGCAACACCAGACGAGCUACAGAAGAAUGCCCUGCAAUUGCGCAUCGUUGCCAAGGUCUUCAUCGAGGAUAUUUGCAACUCAUCGUCCAGCAUCCCGUCGUCAUUCCGGAAAAUCUGCAGCAUCAUUUCCACGGCGGUGAUGCCUAGAUUUCCUGAGGCCAAGUACACCGCGGUGGGCGCCUUCAUCUUUCUUAGGUUCUUUUGCCCAGCGAUUGUGGCUCCUGAGGCUGAGGGCCUGGUCUCGACGCUUCCGUCCAAGGAGAUGCGCAGAGGUUUGCUGCUGAUCGCCAAGGUCGUCCAAAACCUGGCCAAUAAUGUGCUGUUCGGGGCCAAAGAACCUUACAUGUUCCCCUUGAACGACUUCCUCACACAAAACAUAUACCGAGUCACCACCUUCUUACGCGAAAUCUCUGAUGGAGUGUCUAUCAUCUGCAUUAUCUUGAGGAAUAUCGAUGACGAGUCUAUUGAUUAUGAUACCCUGAUCUACUGCUAUUUGAAGAUCGCUAGUCGUAUGUGGCAUAAGCCGUUUGGCCUUUUGAUUGAUGCAACGUGUUUCAACGGGCAGAGCGAAGAGCCUCAGGAUGAGCUGCUUCACAAGCUGGAGCUUCUGACCCCCUCUGAGCUGUCAAAGCAGCUUACUCGCAUUUAUAUUUACAACAUGAACACCGCUUUCCGGAAAUGUCUGCGCCGUGUUCUCCGAGUCUCUACAAAGAAAGAUACGAGCGUCUUCAAUCCAAACAAGAUUGACUACCAUCUUAUUGGAAGUAUCAAGGAGUUGCAGAACCACUUCCACUUCACGCAGCUCCAUCUACCCAAGGAGACCAUCAGCGUGUUCGCCGAUACGCGAUACGACUUCAAGCCCGUCAUCCGAUUGUCGAAGACGAAAGGCGCGAUUCUGUGUCGGAUCAUGGUGGGUAGCCAAUUCGUGCAGAUAACGACGGCCGAUCAGCAAGAAGUGCACCCCAACUUCCGAUUAAGCGCCAAUAUCAAUGACAUUUUCCGUCUAAGUGAUAUAGACGAGGCACCGGUGAACACCAAGACCGACGAUGACUCUGCUUUCGGACUGAGGGCCGACAAUGGCAAGAUUGCCUUAUAUUUCACUAGCCCAAAGAAAGCUGAGAUCCUCCAAACCAUCCGUACAGCCAAGGCCAAGCAUGGCAAAGACACUCGAUCGCUGAAGCUGUACGAGCGGUUGAUAAGGCCGCAAGAUGUUCCCGGAACGUUGCUGAACCUGGCUCUCACGAACUUGGCGAGUCCAGACCAUGUUCUGCGAUUGUCGUCGUACAAUCUGCUGGGUGCACUAUGCAGGGCCUUCAAUUUUACGACGGCAUCGAGGGUCAUGUGCACGAAAGAUAUUGCGGUGCCGUUGGACCCUUCCCGCUUUAUCAUCGACAUCAGCAGAGCCCUUGCCGAGACCGAGCCGCAGCUGACGUCCGACUUUCUGAACGAGUUCUUUGUCGGCUGGGACAGCUUCUCCGAGGAGCAGAAGCCCCUGAGCCUUGCGUACCUAGCACCAUGGCUGCCUGGCCUGCGAUCUUCAAUCCUGGCGGCCGAAGCUGACAGCGACAAAGGCCGUGAGAAGAUUGCAACCUUUUUCCGAAAGCUCAUCGACGUGACCCUGUCUGAUCCAACGUUGGGGUUCACGCUCGAACAGACCAUCUGGCCAGCUAUUCAGCGCGAUGAGGUCCUGUUAGAUAUCUUCCUGGACGAAGUAAUCAAGGCAGCAUCGAGCAUAGGGCUACAUGACGAGCAGACCGAGACACUGACCUCCAUCGUCACCGCGAUUGGUAGCAUCACUCUGCGAGGCAAGAUCAUUACCCGACUCCGGAAGGCCCUGAAUCGGUCGUCGAUGCGGCAGAGCAAGCAUUUGCCAGAGAACGUCGUAUGGCCAGAGGUUUGCAUCUUGCUACAAUUCUGCGUAUCGCUGUCAUUUGACAGUGGUAUCCAGGCGCAGAUGUACCUGCCCGAGAUAUUUCACAUCGUCACCAUGCUUGCCAACACUGGAGCCUCAGACAUACGCGUUCUGGUACACCGUCUGCUAAUCAACUCCGUACACGCAGCUUGCACUUCGUUCAGCCUGGAUGAGGCGCGACAGACCAAGCUCAGAGGGCUUCUUGAAUCCCUGUCGGAAUCGCGAACAGACAUCUGGAGUAUCACCCCCAACUACCCGAGUCGUGACGGGGCUUCCAUGUCCACAACGCAGGAGUAUGGUCCUACGCUGGCUGCUACGGAAACCUUGGCAGGGAUCAUGUUCGAUAUCUGCUCUGUUGCUGCUCCGUCUACAGACAUGGCCAAUGCCUGGCGCUCGCGCUGGAUGAGCCUCGUCGCCAGUACGGCCUUCCAGAACAACCCGGCAAUCCAGCCUCGUGCCUUCUCGGUGAUGGGCUGUCUCGCCAGGGAGGAGGUGGACGAUGAUUUAUUGUACCAAGUCCUCGUUGCGCUGCGGAUCAGCAUCACGCGGUUCAGUGGCGACGAUGGGAACAGCGAGAUGCUGGUCGCGAUCGUGACAGCGCUGUCACGGAUGAUGGCCAAACUCCCUUCCACUUCCCGCUAUGGUGUGCAGCUGUUCUGGCUGGCCACAUUUCUGCUGCGGCUCGUCCCGCCUCCGCUGUUCAACUGCGCCGCCGUGUUCCUUGAGUCUGUGCUGACCAACAUCAAUACCUCGGGCGACAUGCGCGGUGUGAAGCUGGUGGCGCACCUGCUUCAAGGCCGUGACCAGCUCGAGAAUGUGGCACAACCGCUGGAUGACUUCUACGGCAUUCACUUCAGCAACGAGACCUUCCACUUCGCAGUGUGUGCAUGCCUCGCCCGCGGCCUGUCAGAUACCAUGACCAAGACAACCGCACUGCACGUACUCGCUACCUUCCUGGAGAUGACAACCUUGCCUGCCAGCACGCCUGAUGGAGACACGCCGUCGACAAGACAUCUGAAAGAGGUGCCAUACUCGCCUUAUCUCUCGCUCAUCCUCUCCCGCGCGGUGGCGCCUGAGGAGCUGAGAGAAGCCCUUUGGCAGGCUGGUAUCACCCCGCCCACGAGUCCAUCAGGCGUGCAGAAGGCCCGUUCGAUGGAGAGGCUUAGCAGCGUCCAGGAUAAGGAUCUCUUGCUGAACACGGCCAUCGAGCUGGUGGACUUCCAGUUUCUCGAAGAUGCGGUCCAGAGUCGCCUGCUGCACUGGCUCAACGAGCUCGCUAUUGGGCGACCGGGCGUGAUUAUGCAAUUCUGCGGUCCGAUAUUGGUCAUCCUUGAUGACACCCUCCUGCACUGCCAAAACUCAUCGACGUUAGAGUCAGCCCACAGGCUCUUGCAAACGCUGACGUCGAAUCCGCAGUUCGCUACGGCGAUGAUGGAAUCAGGCACGAGCAACGGGAAUGGAUCCAUGGCUACCUCGGUGCUCAAUGACAUCCUCGAUGAUAUGGGUUUCGGAGGCCUGUGGCGGUUUUGUUCACUGAACCCGACGGAGGAGCCUGAUAAACAGUGCUUUUCCCAGACCGAGAGGCUGAUCGAUGUGAGUUGUCUCAACUUCCUUUGA